GUAACAGUGAGGUAAUCGGUGCCGCUGGAGCCUCUACAGAAUGUCAGGAUUUCUUAUCGAGAGGGACAAAUGUGACUGAGGAAAAUAUCUGGAAUAAAACGUUGCUUAAACGCGGUCUUGCAGGUCAACGUGUGUGUGGUAGAAGACGUACAGAGGGGAGCAGUUUGGGCAGAAAAUAAAACCAAUAGCUUUAAUAUUUUUUACCACGUGCAAUGGGGUCAGGUGACCUUGAACUGCUAUUAAACCUCUGACCUUGUCCAUGUCAGGUGAGACUGAGCCAAAGCCCUACCUGUACAGGGCUGUGUCCGAAGCAGAGGAGCCUGAAUCCCUGUCUGGCUCCAUGUCUCAUCUGCACCAUAUGGGCGGGGCCUCAGAGGGCAGCGACAGCAGUCAUGACACACCCCUUUCUCCGAGACCCCAUACCCAGAUGCAUGAAGAUCUGGAGAUGGGCGGAAACUGCUCCAGUGGAAGUGGCACAGAGUCUCACAGCAACGAAUCGCACAGUAAUGAAUCUCGCGGAAACGAGUCUGUGGGCAGUACCAGCGGAAGCGGAAAGGACUCUGCCUUCAUGGCAUCAUCGGGGAGUAACAAGAGCUCAAACUCUCAAAGUCUGUCCCCUCCCAGCAGUAACGAUGCUUUCAGCCUGGUCAGUUCAGAGCAAGACAACCCGUCCACCAGCGGCUGCAGCAGUGAACAGUCUGCAAAGGCAAAGACCCAGAAAGAGCUUUUCAAGAUGCUGAAGGAGCUGAAAUAUCACCUUCCACCCGACAAAUGCAACAAGGGCCGGGCAAGCACGCUUCACGCUCUCAGAUACGCCUUACGCUGUGUCAAACAAGUCAAAGCCAACGAAGAGUACUAUCAGAUGCUCAUGAUCAAUGACAGUCAGCCCUCAGGUCUGGAUGUGUCCUCAUACACUAUUGAAGAAAUCAACAGUAUUACCUCAGAAUACACCCUCAAAAAUGCUGAUAUUUUUGCUGUUGCGGUGUCCCUCAUCACGGGGAAGAUCGUCUAUAUAUCGGAGCAAGCGGCAGGAAUACUAAACUGCAGGAAAGAUGAGUUCAAAGACCGCAAGUUUGUGGAGUUUCUGAUGCCUCGUGACUUUAGCGUAUUCUACAGCUUCACCACACCAUACAGACUGCCGUCCUGGAGCUUGUGUACCGGUACAGAGUCAUCAUCUACUGAAUUCAUGCCGGAGAAAUCUUUCUUCUGUCGCAUCGGCGGUGGUAAAGAGAAGGAAGGAGAUCUCAAGUACUAUCCCUUCAGGAUGACUCCGUAUCUGAUGAAGGUCCAGGACUUUGAGCUUUCCGAGGAACAUUUCUGUUGUCUCAUACUAGCUGAGAGAGUUCACUCUGGAUAUGAAGCACCAAGAAUUCCACCUGAUAAGAGGAUCUUCACCACAACACAUACACCCAACUGUGUCUUUCAGGAUGUAGAUGAGAGGGCAGUGCCUCUGUUAGGAUACCUGCCCCAGGACCUGAUUGGGACACCCUUGCUGUUACACCUCCACCCCAGUGACAGACCUCUCAUGUUGGCAGUGCACCGGAAAAUUCUGCAGUAUGUUGGUCAGCCGUUCGAUCACUCCUCCAUCCGAUUCUGUGUGAGGAAUGGUGAAUACAUCACUUUAGAUAGCAGCUGGUGUAGCUUCGUGAACCCCUGGAGCCGCAAAGUGUCCUUUGUAAUGGGACGGCACAAAGUCCGCAUUGGGGCGAUGAACGAGGAUGUGUUUUUAGCACCAGCGUUCACAGAUGAAAAGAUCAUGGAUUCAGAUAUACAGGAGAUCACUGAACAGAUUCACAGACUACUUCUGCAGCCGGUCCACAGCGUGGGCUCCAGUGGUUAUGGUAGUCACGUCAGCAAUGGUUCCCAUGAGCACCUGCUGAGCAUCGCGUCCUCUAGUGACAGUAAUGGAAAUAGCAAGGCUGCUAACAUUGGAAACAGGAGUACUGAAAAUACCGGAAAAGAGGAAGAGAUAAAGAUCAAACCGAGGUCAUUUCAGGAAAUUUGUAAAGGGGUUCAUCUGAUGAAAGCACAGGACCAGCAGGGAUCAAAAGCAGAACACACAAAGACCUCAGACAGAGGGUUCAAGUCUCCUGUUGUAAAGCAGAGAGACUCAGCACUAAGAGAUGGACCCGCUGCAAUGGAGGAACUCCAGGACCGCUCGGUGUACUCAUACCAGCAGAUAAGCUGCCUCGACAGUGUCAUCAGAUAUUUGGAGAGCUGUAACGUCCCAAAUACAGUGAAGCGGAAGUACCAGUUCUCCUCAAGCAGCAUCUCCUCAAACUCAGACGAGGACAGACAUGCUUCCGGGGACAGUCUGCAGCAAACCGAGGGUCCACAAAUUAGGAAGAUGCCGUCCUCUAUGUCUAUGAAGACGAAUGACAAGCCUCCAUCAGUUCCCGCCCCAGUUGUGGGAGGGCCUUUUUCGCCGUUGGACCUGCCCAUCAAAGCGGACAGUGUCGUGUCUCAAUGUUCCUACAGCAGCAUAAUUGUGCAUGUGGGGGACAAGAAAACCCGACAAGAAUCAGACUACAUUGAAGAUCAGGCAGAAAGCCCCGCCCUCUCCACACCUAUCAGCGUGGUUUCCCCGCCCACAGUGGAGCAGGAGGCCUAUAGGAAACAGGGCCUCACGAAGCAAGUGCUGACAGCACAUACGCAGAAAGAAGAGCAAGUGUUCCUCAACCGUUGCAAGAAGCUCUGUCACGCUCAGUCUCUCCGGAGAGAUUGUCCACCGAGCAUGCAGAGAAACAGAGCACAAGGUGAAGGAGCUUGUGGGUCCACAGCGGUACCUGGUGUGCCUGGUACAGAGCCCAUUGCCAAGAAGAGCUGGCGCACCAAAAAGUCAAAGAAGGCACGAACGAAACAUCCCGACUUGCCGGAUAACGCCGCGUCUCAGCACAGACCUCUCCCACCCCUGCAGGGUUUGAACCCAACAUCCUGGUCCCCCUCAGAGACCUCACAGUCUGGACUCUCAGUCCCGAUUCCCACCGUGGUUCCAGGGUAUCCUUUGUAUCCCAUAGUCCCAUCUGCCACCCCGGCUCAAACUCCUACGGGAACAACCAAGUCCCAGGGCGCUCAGGGCCUGCCCACUGCACCGGCCUACCCUCCUCCAUUGGUCACGCCAGUUGUGGCGUUCGUUGUGCCCAGUUUUGUGCUGCCACAUAUAGGUACAGCACCUCGCUCUCCAUUCUAUGCUGACAGUGCUGUCUAUCGACCUCAGCAGUCCUAUAAUACCCAGAAUCCCUUUCAGCCCAAGCAGGCCUACAACACACAGCAGUCAUUGCAACCUCAACCAGUCUACUCCACCCAACAAGUAUUGCAACCCCAGCAAGCUUAUUCCACCCCGCAGCUCAUCCAAAAUCCUCAAGAGUGUAGCGCACAUCAGCCCAACAACGGCUUCGUUCCCCAACAGCCGUUUACACCACAAACACCUUUCCCAUAUGGAAUGACAUCGUGCCCCGAACCACCCAUCGCAGAGUGUCCUCACUCUCCCCCGCUGUUCGAGUCCCGCUGUAGUUCUCCGUUGCAGCUGGACCUGCUUCAGAUGGAAGAAAAUCACAGUGCAGCGCCCUCAUCCUCCACUCAGGGGAACUGCAGAUCAGCACCGGAAAAAAAUAACACGUUGGCACGGGAUGGCUUACUGCAGGCGUGUAGGUCAGGUGACGGCCUUCAUUGUGGCGAUCACUCGUCAUCCAGCAGCGUGCUGGAACUGUUGUUGCAGGAAGACUCUCAUUCCGGCACCGACUCGGCCAUCUCAGCAUCUACGGGAUUCACAUCCAAUGACUGCAACACAUCCAACAGUGGCACAGGAAGCAACACAAGCAAGUAUUUUGGCAGCGUGGACUCCUCAGAGAACAAUCAGAGGAGGGACGAGACACAGAAGGACCACAGGGAGAAUUUGGCUAAAUAUGUUCUUCAAGAGCCUGUAUGGAGGCUUAUGAACGAGGCUGAUGACUGUGUCAUGAUGACAUAUCAGUUGCCGUCAAGCAGGGACAUGGAAAAUGUUUUGGGAGAAGAUCGAGAGCGUCUGAGGUGUAUGCUGAAGAAUCAGCCGCAUUUCUCUUCAGAACAGCGUAGAGAACUGAUCGAUCAACACCCCUGGAUGAGGACAGGACGAUUACCCAAUGCCAUCAACAACAAGGACUGCAUGUACUGUGAGGAUAAUGCCCCUGCAACGCUAGAAGAGGACCUGUCUGACAUGGAGUUGAUCAUUUUGGGAGAAAUGGGACAUAACAGAGCAGGGUCUCCAUCACCGGAGGAGAGAGAACAGCCCAGUGGAUAAACUAUGUGAUGACAAUGUAUUAACGUUGUCCUGUAUUGGCCAGCAGAGGGCUGACGAAUGUGUACACACACAAACAGAGUACAUGGUCUUCUUUAUUUGGGCUUAGGUGUGCACAAAUAUCCUUUGUUACUUGCUAAUGAUGAUAAAAGUGUUCAUGUUUGUACGUGUUAAAAUGCAAUAGGUAGCCGGCUGAUAGGCCAAAGAUAUUCAGAUAAACAGGCUCUGAUUGUUGGAAACUGCUUACCAUCUGACCACACUCUAAAAUCUUUCAUAUGUAGCUCCACAUGCUUUUGUCUCAUUGGAAUGAUGCUCUGUGUUUACAUCCGAAGUUUGUUUGUACCAAUGUAACGUUUCAAUAAGGUGUGGAGAAUUUGGCGUAGUAGAAAAGAUGUAAUGCUAUAAUCCAAAACCUGGUCAUGAAACCACUGUACUGUGAGUUUGGGGACCAUUUGAGGCGAAUGAUGCACUGCCAACAAUGACUGGUCCAUCCAUGUCUUCUUGCCAGGACAUGCACAGGGUAUAUUUGUUUGGAGGUUUUCUGGGACGUGCAAUCAUGGGAAUUUAUAUUUUUAAGAUUUAUUUUGUAGGUCAUCUCAUCUUUUGUCUCUUGAUUAUUCAGAUGUUUUAAUCAUCUUUCAGUGAUGUCAUUGGUAUGUUUGCUCUGAAGAAGGUUGAAGUUAUGCACAUGAUUUUGGAACCGGCCCUCUGUUUCAGUCUCCUCAAACCAAAGUACAGAUCUUUUGACAGUCUGCCCGAUGUCAUUUUUGUCACAAAGUUUUUAACAGUGUUACUGAAAGUCCCAAGGCUGCAACGUGCAAAUAGGUAAAAUGUGUUUACAUUUUUUAACAGCUGGUCCACAAGGUGGCAACACUUUCACGCCAAGCAUACUUUAAAAAGCUUGAGGACCUGAGUGUGUUUUUUUGGAUGAAUGAAAGUAUGAUAUUGAAGAUAAGCCAUAUAAGGUUUGAUCAUUCAGAUCACUUUAUUCACAUUGAGAUAUCUUCAUUUUCUUUUAUUUCUUCAAGCUUUUCUUGAUAUUCUUCAUGGUCAUGUCACUUUUAUUCAGAUUUGUUUACAUUUUCUUUUUAUGUAUUUAUUUGAAUGUAGGAAACAAACUUGUCACAAUAUUCUUAUCUUGUAAUAAAAAGAGAU